CAGACUUCUUAAUCCAAAACGAGCACAUCCUCAAAGAUGUGCAUGCUAUCGAGCUGGGGUGCGGUUUAGGACUGGUGGGAAUGACAGCGUGUCUGUUUGGGAAACCAAAGCAGUACUCAUUUACCGAUCGGAGCGCAGUCGUAUUGUCCACACUGGCCAAAAACCUCAAGCUGAACGCAGUGAACUAUACAGCGGCAGAGCUACCCAGUGAUACACAAGACGAGAAAACAUCUGCCGACGAUUCUCAUGUCACUGCCGUGCGAACCCCGGUCGCUAACCUCCGAUUCUUAGAUUGGGUCGAAGCCUCGAACGAUGAAAUUGCCGAGUACGACGCCGAUUUGUUCCUAGCUGCUGAUGUGGUGUUUGAUCCGGUGAUAAUUGAGCCGUUGGUGCGAGUCAUCUCGGUUUUAUUACGAAAAUCUAGUUGUUACGGUAUUAUAUCGUGCACUAUCCGGAAUCCUGAGACGUUUGAACUAUUCAUCAAAAGUUUGGAUUCAGCUGAUGUACAUAUCGAGACAUUGGAUCAUACGCCAUCGAACAUAUACUUCUACGAUAGAAUUGCGGAAGUCCGAAUACUCAGACUUACUAAAUCUCGAGUACAUUGAGGCACUUCGAGACGCAGGUUCGUGAUCGUGAACUAUCAUUGAACCAACGUGACGACUACGCGGCAUAUGGCAAGUGGCAUAUCGCCGUGCUAUUAUGCCAUUAGAUGGUAAGCGGG